GUAUCUAGUUUGCAUCGGCGCUAUAUAUUAUUGUAACUGACAUUGGAUAGUGUUUCGGAAAUUGCUUUUACACUGUUAUAAGAUUUUUUAAAAGUUGAUAUGUAUUUAUAUAUUUAUCAAUGUUAAAUCACUGUAAAUAAUAAUUCAAUUCUGAUAUCAUAUAUCAUAUAUCAUCGUAUUUUCUAAAUUCCGUUUGGCAUGGUCGGUUUCAAAGUGAUUAUACCUUAACAAAAUCUCUGUAACCGGAGCAAGAACAAUGUUCAACUUGUCUGGAUUAACUUUUAUUUUAACAUAUUUUUGCAUUACUUCGAGCCUUUUAGGAUCUCUUGAAGAGGAGCCAAAGUGCUUUUCACGGUUUGACUAUGAAUAUAAAGUCGUUCAAAAACUAGCUGAACUGGAAAAUAAACAAAAAGAACAGCAACAGACAAUAGAAAAACUCACAAACAAAUGUUCAAGCGGUGCUGAUACUGCGAAUGAGGUUGCCUUCUCCGCAUACCUUACAGGUGAUAUGACAUCUGUUCAAAGUUAUCGCAUUAUCAUCUUCAAUGAAGUCCAGAUCAACAUCGGUGAGGCAUAUAACGGCAAAACUGGAAUAUUUGUUUGUAGGACUCCUGGUGUCUAUGUCUUUUUCUGGGUCACAACAAAUAAAGACCGUACUUACAUGAAUACUGAUCUAGUAGUUAAUGGUGAUGAGUGUAGCCAGGCCUUUUCAGAUUCUGGAGGUCAAAACGAUUAUUCUGUAGCAUCAAAUGUCGUUAUCACGGAGCUGAAAUUUGGGGAUCAGGUUUGGAUACGCAGUGGCGCCUGGCACAAUGGCAACUUGGCUGGCGAACGCAGAACGUCCUUCUCCGGCUGGAUGUUGUACAGACGUUAAGUCGGGUAGUUUUGUUAUUUAGCAAGACACAUCAGCAAAAUUAUAUCCUUUCCUGAAGGAAAUUAGUUUAAUGAGACAUUGCCUUAGUUUAAGAUAAAAAACGACUAUUUACACAUAAUAUACUCAUGAUUUUGAAUGUCUUCUUUUUCAGUAUUUGACUCCCGUAUUCACAUGAUAAGGACUAAAGUGAUAGGAAUGGUUUUAUUUGUUAAAU